AUGACAAAAGGGAAGUCACCUGGACGCGACGGUUUAUGCAUCGAACACCUGAGGCACGCGGGCCCUCAUCUACCGCGUGUGCUGUCUCUGCUGUUCAACCUGUGCCUGAGCCACUCUUAUCUGCCGCCUGAGUUGUUGGAGACUCUGGUGGUGCCCAUUAUUAAAAACCGGACAGGUGAUGCAUCGGAUGGGUCAAAUUACAGGCCUAUCUCCCUGGCUACAGUUGUGGCCAAGGUGUUUGACAGUGUGAUUAACUCAUAUUUGAGAACCUAUGUCAAACUUCACGACAAUCAGUUCGGAUUUCGACCUGGGCUGUCUACAGAAACUGCAAUCCUUAGCUUAAAGCACACUGUCAAAUACUACACAGAUAGAAAAACGCCUAUAUACGCCUGUUUUUUGGACCUGUCUAAGGCAUUCGAUCUCGUCUCUUACGACAUCUUAUGGAAGAAAUUACAGAAGUCGAGGCUACCAUCAGAGUUCAUUCACCUUCUUAGGUACUGGUAUCUUAAUCAAGAAAACCGUGUGAGAUGGGCGGGUGAGGUUACGGAAACAUAUAGGCUCGAAUGUGGCGUACGACAAGGUGGGUUAAGCUCACCAAUAUUAUUCAACCUGUAUGUGGACGCGCUGAUUGAGCAGCUUAGCAGCACUCAUAUCGGCUGCCAUGUUGAUGGCGUAUGUCUAAACAACAUCAGUUACGCAGACGACAUGGUGCUGCUGGCGCCCUCGGUCGGCGCUCUCCGCAAGCUUGUAGCCAUAUGCGAGUCCUAUGCCUCGUCACACGGUAGCCUUUGGGUCAGCUAUACCCAAAAAUCGUAUAAUGCUCUGCGAGUGGUGUACAACAAUGCCUUCAGGGUGCUGGUUGGGCUGCCUAGGUUCUGCAGCGCCUCCGCCAUGUUUGCGGAGGCUCGAACCGACGGCUUCGCAGCAAUUAUACGCAAGAAAGCGGCCUCCUUACUACGUAGAACCAGGGAUAGCACAAACAGCAUUCUGAAGAUGAUUGCUGAUCACUCUGAACGCGUCGUUACUGCGCACGUCGAUGUGGAGGACGACGACGCCGCCGACGACGACUCCGACGCCGACGACGAGCAAGUGCCAUCGACAUCUAGCGUAACUGCGCCCGCGGCCUGCAAUGUAUCCGAAGCGGCACCGCUGCUCGACGACUCGGAACACGAUAUUCUGACGCAUGCGACCUCUUCAUCUCCCAAAGUGCCUUCUGCACGGCCGUUAUUAAAAAUAGUAGCUGUCACUGUGUCCGGACCCACUGGUAGCGUUGACACAUUCGCGUUAUUGGACGAUGGGUCCUCAGGAACGUAUAUUGACUCUGAAAUUUCUUCUCGAAUUGGAGCGAAGGCUUCCGAUAGGCUAAUUCACUUAGAUUGCGUAGUUGGUUUAAGCAAGGACAUUAAAGUGCAGUAUGUUAAUUUUAAUAUACAGGGUCGUCAUUCAACCGAAGUUCACUCUAUUAAAAAGGCUAGAUCAAUUAACGGUUUAGGCGCUGCACGACAGUGUGCGUAUCAAGAUAGUGUGCGCAAAUACCCUUACUUAGCAGAUAUAGCCGGUGAAUUUUGCUACGGGGACGUAAAGCCCAUGCUGAUAAUAGGACUUGACAACUGGCACUUAUCACUUGCUACAGACGUGCGCAAAGGAACCAAGACACAACCUGCAGCCAUUUUAACAGCCCUUGGCUGGGUUUUGUUUGGUUUCGGUUGCAGCAAGACUAAACGGGUUGACGUUGUAAACCAUAUUACAUUAAGCGAGCCUGACUCUGAUAGUGAUUGCUUCACUCUUGAACGACUUAUUAGGGAGCAAUUUAAGAUCGAUUCAAUUGGUAUAUCGAAAAAAGAGGCCCGCAAUGCUGACGAUGAGCGUGCCAUACAAGUACUAGAGAGCACGGCUCACCGUCUGCCGGGUGGCCGUUUUGAGGUAGGAUUGCUAUGGAAGGCUGAUAAUCUGGACAUUCCUAACAGUUACAAGUUAGCACUGUCCAGAUUCCUAAGCUUAGAAAAUAAAAUGAUUAAAGAUCCUUGCUAUGCCGAACGUUAUCGUCGCAAUAUACAUGACAUGUUGUCUAAAGAAUACGCUGAACAAUGUUCUUCUGGCCCUGCUUCUGGACGUCCUGUUUGGUAUCUUCCUCACUUUGGCGUGAUUAACCCAAAUAAACCCAAUAAGUUGCGAACUGUUCACGACGCGGCUGCAAAAUCUCACGGCGUGUCAUUAAACUCUUUGUUAUUGACUGGCCCUGACCUUUUGCAACCUUUGCUGGGUAUUCUAAUGCGUUUUCGUGAGGGUGCUGUAGCUUUAAAUGCCGAUAUUCGUGAAAUGUUUCCGCAAAUCAAAAUAAUUGAAAAAGAUAGAGACGCGCAAAGGUUUCUGUGGCGAGAUACCCCAGGUGAACCAAUAAGAACAUUCCGCAUGUCAUCCAUGAUUUUUGGCGCCGCAUCGAGCCCAUUUACUGCCAUACACAUCAAAAAUAAAAAUGCUCUAGAAUGGCAGGAAACUUAUCCUGAGGCAGCUCGAGUAAUCAUCGAUGACCAUUACAUGGACGAUUGCAUUACUAGCUUAGACGACAUUGACAAAGCUGCCAAGCUGGCAGCUGAUAUUUAUACCGUACAUGCUCACGCCGGUUUUGAGAUGCGCAGCUGGACGUCAAAUAGUCCAAGCGCGCUCUCGUUGUUGCCGAAGGAAUCCUUGCUCGAGGUGCCUCGCGCUAAUAAUAUUGACGUCGAAUUAGGUCGCCUGGCUACGCCCGUUCGCACACUAGGCCUUAUCUGGCAACCCGCUAACGACCUGAUAGGUUUUAAUACAGGUGUAAAAAAAGAGACCGUGUUGCCGGAGAAGUUAACAAAGCGAGGGGUUCUAGUGCACGUAAUGAGAAUUUAUGAUCCGCUUGGAAUCCUUGCACCAAUCGUCGUUCGUGGUCGUAUAAUGUUUCAAGACGCUUGGCGCAAGGGUUUGAACUGGGACCAAGAGCUCUCUCAAUGUGACAGCGUCGCGUGGAAGUCUUGGUUUCAAGAUCUGAUCUCCACUUCCAGUUUGAGGAUACCACGCCGCUAUAACUUGAGCGAUCUCGAGGUAGCAGGGUGCGAAUUACAUGUGUUCUCGGAUGCAAGUGAAUCCGCCUUUGCUGCUGUGGCCUAUUGGCGCUUUCUUUAUGUGAAUGGUGAUGUAAGACUCUCCCUCAUCUGCAGUAAAGUCCGUGUUUCUCCAAUCAGGCCUGUCUCCAUUCCCCGUUUAGAACUUCAAGGUGCUCUAAUAGCUGCGCGCCUUGCCAUGUCGAUAUGCGAAGCCCACCGACUGAAGCCAAUGAGACGAGUUUUCUGGUGCGACUCGAUGACUGCGCUGGGUUGGCUUCGUAGUGAUGCGCGCACCCUUAAAACCUUUGUAUCUCAUAGAGUAGGCGAGAUUCUAGAGCUUACAAACAUCAGCGAGUGGCACUGGGUACCGAGCGACCUAAACGUAGCCGAUGAUGCCACACGCGUCAAACGCUUUGUGCUCUCUCCAGAAUCUCGCUGGAUCUCAGGACCCAGCUUUCUCCUUUCCUCGGACUGGCCCGCUGAACCUCAAAUUGAUGUUAGCGGACUAGGCCGCGAAGAGUAUAAAAAUAUCAUUCAUCUUAUCACCGAGACUGAUCUGCCCGUACUAGUCUCUGCGGAUCCAAGUCGAUUCAGCUCAUGGCUGAGAAUGGUGCGAGCAACGGCAAAGGCGCAUUUAUUCCUAUCAUUAUUGCGAAUGCGUAGUAUGAGAAGACGAGACGUAAACUUCAACCUUCCUCGUCAUGAAGGACUCUUAUGUACCUUCCGUCCAACUUGCACAUCCUCUCCUGGUACUUCUAAUUCUCCUAAUAUCCCACUGAAAAUAACCGCGAGCGAUAUAAGCCUAGCAGAAUCCCAUAUUUUACGGCAAAGCCAACUGGAUUCCUUCAAAGAAGAUAUCUUGCGGAUAAAGAACCGAGACCCGUUGCCUCGAAGCAGCCGCCUUUUCAAACUGUCCCCCUUCUUAGAUGACAACGAUCAACUUCGAAUGUUCAGUCGUAUAGCGGCAGCCGCAGGCGUCACUGAUGAAGUUAAGCGACCGCUGAUUUUAGACGGAAAGCAUCCGGCAGUACGCCUCUUAAUAGCCAGAUAUCAUCAAAAAGCUGGCCAUGCGAACAAAGAAAAAGUCUUGAACGAGCUCCACCAAAGAUUUUGGAUUUUAGGUCUUAGAAAUGCUGCCCGAUCAGUAGCCCAUGAUUGCCAGUUUUGUAAACUACGCCGUGCCAGAACAUUCACGCCACCGAUGGGAAAUCUACCGGAGUGUCGAUUGGCUCAUCAUCAAAGACCCUUUUCCUUUGUCGGCCUGGACUACUUUGGACCCGUCCUUGUUUCAGUUGGUCGCAGAAGGGAGAAACGCUACGUUGCCCUAUUUACGUGUCUUGUCAUACGCGCCGUACAUCUUGAAGUGGUACACAGUUUAACGACAGACGCGGCCAUAAUGUGUCUACGCCGUUUUAUUGCUCGUCGAGGAACACCACAAGAGAUCUGGUCAGACCACGGAACAGCCUUUGUUGGAGCAAACAGGGAGUUACGAGCUCUUUACGGCGACUCUGUUGAAGAUUUUGCUGCCAACGAAUCAAUCAAUUGGCGUUUUAUUCCUCCCGCAGCACCUUUUAUGGGUGGAGCGUGGGAGCGAUUAGUUCGCAGUGUCAAAGAAGCUUUGAAAGUGACCCUCAGAGAACAGGCUCCCUCAGACGAAGUUUUAAGCACACUGUUAGCAGAGGCUGAAGCCCUUGUCAAUACGCGACCACUUACGCAUGUCUCACUCGAUUCCGAUGCUGAUGAGGCUUUAACACCGGCCCAUUUUAUACUCACAUCUCCAUCUGGACGCCCUAUUCCCGCUACCCUGACCGAGGCGGAUCUUCUCAGCAGGAACAAGUGGCGCAGAGCAGUAAGACUUGCUGACCACUUCUGGCAGCGCUGGGUGAAAGAAUACCUGCCUUGCUUGUCACCACGCACCGGAGGAGGCUCUCCACCUAAUAUUGCAGUGGGCGACGUCGUAAUAGUGUGUGACUCCAACCUGCCUAGAGGCUCGUGGCCCAAGGGUCGUAUUACCGCAUUGUACCCCGGUAGAGACGGGAUAAUCGCGCGCCGCAAGUGGACCUGGAUCGGUCACACUCUUAGAAGGGAUUCCAACCACAUCCCUAGGCAGGCCCUAGAAUGGACCCCGCAAGGCAAGAGAGGAUCAGGCCGUCCAAAAGAAUCCUGGCGACGCUCAGUGGCAUCCGAGUUGACAGCAAUCGGGCUAUCAUGGCCUGAGACGAAGCACGCAGCCCAAGAUGGCGGCGCACAGGACGCCCUCUGCUCCACCUAG